UAUAUAUAUAUAUAUAGAAAACCAAAAUAAAUUGAAUUCUCUGCAUCUGGGGAACUAUUUUUUUUCUCCGGCAAUUUAGAUCCCGUCGGCGGAGCCUCGGCCAGAUCUCGCCGCUUUCACUCUUCAAUCUCUCGUCAAAUCCUCGUCGGUAUUCAACUGCUAUCAGAGGUUAAAUUUUCACAGCUUGCCUUGGGGUUGGCUGAUGAAGAACGAGAUGCUGAUGAAGAAUGGGAUGGUAGAGUGCAGCGUCUGUCACUCUAAAUUGGCAUCCCCGUCAACGAAAGCUAUUUCACGAGCGUAUGAUCAACACAGGAGCAAGGUGUCAUCAAAGCAACGGGCGCUUAACUUCCUAUUAGUUAGCGGUGAUUGUGUACUAGUUGGUUUUCAGCCUAUUCUGGUUUUUAUGUCAAAGGUGGAUGGUCGCUUCAAGUUUAGCCCUAUUAGUGUCAACUUUCUGACAGAGGUUGCAAAACUUGUUUUUGCAAUCCUAAUGCUUAUAUUCCAGGCUAGGCGACAGAAGGUUGGUGAAAAGUCGCUUCUAUCAAUCUCCACGUUUAUUCAGGCUGCUCGCAGCAAUACGCUUCUUGCCGUUCCGGCCCUUCUUUAUGCUGUAAAUAACUACCUGAAGUUCAUUAUGCAGCUAUAUUUCAAUCCUGCAACAGUGAAAAUGUUGAGCAAUCUAAAGGUUUUAGUCAUUGCUGUACUCCUGAGAGUAAUAAUGAGACGUCAAUUUUCUGUCAUUCAGUGGGAGGCUCUUGCUUUAUUGCUGAUUGGGAUUAGUAUAAAUCAACUUAAAUCCUUACCUGAGGGUACCGCUGCUCUGGCUCUUCCAGUUACAACUGCUGCAUAUAUAUACACUCUGAUAUUCGUGACUGUUCCUUCUAUGGCUUCAGUUUUCAAUGAAUAUGCUCUGAAAAGCCAAUAUGAUACCAGCAUUUAUCUUCAGAACUUAUUCUUAUAUGGAUAUGGAGCUCUAUUCAACUUUCUAGGAAUUGUUGUAUCUGCCAUGUUUAAAGGUCCAAGCAGCUUUGAUAUAUUGGAAGGACAUUCAAAAGCUACCAUGUUUUUGAUAUGUAACAAUGCUGCACAGGGAAUUCUAUCCUCCUUUUUCUUCAAAUAUGCCGAUACAAUUUUGAAGAAGUAUUCGUCAACUGUUGCCACGAUAUUUACAGGCAUAGCAUCGGCCGUUUUAUUUGGCCAUACUUUAACCGUAAACUUUAUGUUAGGAAUUUCUGUGGUAUUCAUCUCAAUGCACCAGUUCUUUUCACCUCUUUCAAAAGCUAAGGAGGAACAACAAAAUGGUGGGCUUGGGGCAGUUGGCGUGCAGGAUAAUCAUAGGUCAAGGGAGUCAUCCUUCAUAAAUAUGGCUGCUGGAGCUAACGAGGAGGCUAGUCAUCGUGUUGGAAUUGAUGAGAGACAACCUCUUCUUCCCACAUAAGUUAACUUUGUGCUGCUCAAGGUUGUUUCCUCGGAGCUGCGCGACAAUCCCUGUCAGGUUAUAGAGCAGAAGAGAAGAUAAUGGCAAUGUAUAUUAGGAAAAAUAUCAAAUGCAAUUGGAAUUUAUCAGUUUGAAGAAAAUACUGUUUGGAUAAAUUUUCUGUUCGACACAGCAUCAUACAAUUUUGAAGAAUUCUUCGAAUUUUCCCAAGGUAUAUAUAUAAGGUUAAACUUGUGCAAAACCCUAUACAGUGUUAAAUGAUACUGGACACAUUAGUGAGAAUCAUUAUUAUGACUUGUUCCAUUUUCUGUUGGAAAUUACCCUUAUCAUAUAUUUUUUUUUUGCAAUAAAGUUCAUUCUUUUUUACUCUUUA